GAACAGCGCCAGUGUACAUCGCACCCGCCGGGACAUGGGCAGUGCCCGCUUUUCCUUCUUUCUGAACAAGCGCGCACUCCGAGCACGCUGAGGAUGUCCUUGUCGAGCCGAGCCCGCAGCAGCCGCCUAACCCCCGGCGAUGGCUGACAGCAGCGGAGAGCUGCAGGGCUUCUCUCUCGCUAAUCCCAUGGCCGGGCUUUGAUCCGAGGAGGAGCAACCGCUUGCAAACCAUUCCCCCCAGCACCACCACCACCACUUCUUCCUCCAUACGCUCACUCAGGCACUCCAAGCCGCCAUGGAACGAGCAGCUCCUCCAGCCAUCAAUCCCAGCCAUGCCCACCGACUGGAGGGUAACAUGAUGAAAUCCCCUCCCUCCUGUCUCAAGUCUGGCAACGUCAAGGUCUCCCUCAAGAAAUGGAGCAUUUGGGACAAAUUUUAUAACUUGGGCACCGAGAUGAGGAUGUCCAAACGUGGCAGGUUUAUGUUCCCAUACUGUGAAUAUUCUGUUUCUGGGCUGGAUCCUGACAAGAACUACAUCAUGGCAAUGGAUAUCUCUCCAGUAGACAACUACCGUUACCGUUAUAAUGGGUGCAAAUGGCAGAUCAAUGGAAAGGCAACCCCACAUGUGACUGGGAGACUUUACUUCCACCCAAAUGGCAGUGUUUCUGGGAAAGAGUGGAUGGUCAAGCCAGUGUCUUUUGCCAAAAUGCGAUUAACCAAUUGUCCAACUGCAGAAGAAGGUAAUGCAAUCCUUCAUUCCAUGCAUCGAUAUGUCCCCCAGUUGCACAUCAUUGUGGCUGAUGGAAUCAUUGAGAAGUUAAACCUGAAUGAUCCUCGGGUCUACACAUUUGUCUUUCAACAGACUGAAUUCUUUGCUGUGACAAAGUAUGAAAACAAAUUUAUCAGGCAGCUAAAACACUUCUAUAAUCCUUAUGGUACUGCACUACGAGAUGUAAAGACUUCAAAACAGGAUGUUGGUAAUAGUCAAAGGCCUAGGAAACGAUGUGAAAAAAAAACCCUCUACCCUGCUGAAAAUAUCCACAGAACCGUGUCUGAUCAAGAACCUAAGGAGGAACUAAAAACAAUGAUUCCUAUAAAGGAUGGUGCAGUAAGAAUCCAAGAGAGUAUGAAUAAUCGAGGGGUCACAAAAGAAAUGAGAGAAAUUGUGUCUGUCGAAAAUGUAUUGCAAAUGGAGGGUUCAUUCAAUUUAAAAGGUUCUCUCGGUGACCCAGUGGAGAUUGGAAAACUUGAGCAGAAAUUGCGGAAUGAUUUGCGUUGGAAUGGGAAGCAUGAAAUCCUUCACCCAGCACUACGCAAAUUUGGAGUAAAACUGAGUGAUCUCCAACUCACUGAAUGUAUAAAUGUGGAACAUUUAGGACUGGCUUCCACGCAGAGUGUUGAAUUGGUUUCUUCCUUUCCUGUAAAUGAAUCUCAUGGGAUUCGAGAAACUGGAAUUCCAUUUAUCUCCCGAACAGGAAAAACAAAUGAUCUCACCAAGAUUAAGGGCUGGAAGAACAAGUUUAACCUGCAGCCUGGGUCACCUGAGAACAAUCCAAGUCCAUCACCUUCAAGUGUCAGCCCAGCGGUUAUUAAAAAUAGAUCAGCAUUUGUUAGCGACUUGCUUGAUGAGUAUCUGGAGAAAGAAGGGAAGAUCAUUGAGCAGUCACUCUUGUAUGACUACAAGAUACCAGAGAUUGGUUGUCAAACUCCAACCACGUUGGACACAUCAUGCAAUAUUCAACAAAACACUACUCGUUCACCUGACUUUGGUGCGCCACUGAAAAAUAAAUCUUCACACUUGGAAAUGUCUCCAGUGUUAGAGAAGCAUUUUAGUGUCACAAAUAAAGGCAUUUUCAUCAGAGAUAUACAAAGCACCAGUGUGGACGCGAAAGCUAAGUGUACAAAACAGAAGAAUGACAAUUCGGCAGCUAAAAGACCCAAAAUAGCCAGUCAAUAUGACAGUAAGACACAAUUAGCCAGUAACAAUAAAGAAUCUGCAGUUUGUGCCACAGCUCCACAGAAGAAACAGCUGAAAUCAGGUUCCACAUACCUUAAGGUUGUUCCUGUGGCAUCAAGUCCCAAUGGAGGAAAAAAAUCCAACAUUUCAACAAAUCAAACUGAGACAAUUUAUAUUUCAGAUGAUAAGAAUGCUGAGAAAUCAGAACCAAGAAACCUCCAAAUUGAGUCUACUUCCCAAGCUACAAUAGAUCCAUCUUCAGUAAUGGAGCAUCCAUCAACAACAACAAACCGAUCGACCGCUUCAAAGGUUGUUGAAGUCAUCUCCUACUGUAAUUGGAAUGAAAGUCGUGUUAAGAUUAUUAAGUUAAUUGCUGAGUGUGCUAUGGCCAAUAAACUUCCCUUGAUACAGCGAUUGGACAAUUACGAGAUUAAUUUGGAAAAAAGUGAUGGAACUUUAUUUCCACCGAAGAAGAGGAUUGAUGUGAGAGCAACGAUCCAAAAUGUCUCCGAUUCUGAACAUGGAUGUAUUAGGCCCCUGGUGCAGAAUAUGGUGAUUGAAGCUGUGGUUGGCAAUUCUGCCUUCAAAACAAAGCUGAAUAAUUUAAUAUCCAAGGUCUCUAAAGACAGUUCUAAGCAAACAAAAGUCGAACAGCUUGAUUCUUCAGUUCAUGUUGUAAUGGAUUUAGAGAAAAGUGUCUCCUCACCAGAAAAGAGCCCAAGUGAUACCAGUUGCACUACCAACCCGUCCAACAGACUUACUGCAGAAAGUAAAGCUCAGUCAUUUCCAGUGAUUACAGCACAGAAAAGGGAACAAGGAGUUUCCAUUGCAGCUACUGACACUACUGUGAAAAAUGUGUCCAAAGCCCCCUCUCCUAUUAGAUCUGCAGUCACUACAUUCCAGAGAAUUGGGGCUUUGAGUACAAUCCUGACCAAUACUACUGCAACACCAACUCCAAACUGCUUUAUGAAUUCUGUUGCAUCUGGAAAUAAACCUGAGACAUCGGCUGCUCCUCCAACCCGUUACCUAUUAUGUAAGACUAAUUCUUCUGGAUUGCCUUCAGGUUCAUCUGCCUCUCUGGAUCAAGAUGGCCGCCGGCAAUGCAUUGCUGUCCCAAACACAUUGAAACUACAGCCAGGAGACAAUCUGAUGCUUCAGCCUAUCAAGGCUGCUGAUGGCCGACAGUUGUACAGACACUCCAGUGGGAAAAUAUUCCAGCUAGUUUACACAAAGACUCCAGAACAAACACCAGUGCAACAGCUGAACAUUCCCCAGUCACCAAUUCCAGCUGCUACAAAUUCAGAACUGUGUACCAAAACCAGUUUAUCAGAAGCAAGUGUUGGAAGAUUGCACAAUUCCACAUCGCUAUGUGACGUAACUGCAACAAAGCUGCAACUUCAGUGUGUCCCUGCAACUUGGACAUUGGUAGAUCAGCUUUCUCCAUCCCAGUCAUUAAGUAUGUUUUCAGAGACCACUACACAGGCUGAGCAGCACGACAAUAUCAUUCCUUUGGCCGAUUGCCAAACAAAAGCAAAUCUUGUUAGUUUAAACAAUGACAUAUUUGACUUAGAAAUGAAUCCAGUGAAAUCCUCUGAACAAGGGGAAUGCAAUCAAAGAGCGAAAACUGUUAACACAUUCCCUAUGAAAAGUGAGACCAUUACGGUCACUGGAGCUUAUGAAACAAAAUGGGUGACAGAGGAUAAUACAUUUGCAAAAGAUUGCAAAAGGACAGACAGCAUGGAAAAAUUUAAAACUCAGCUUAAUGCAAGCAAGCGAAGUGAAGCCCAUAUUAAAGUUGAGCGAGAUUUGGCUGAAAUAAAUGGUGAUGAGCGCAUGGAUUCUGAUGGCCCUGAAAUCUGCACUGUUACCAUAAAAGAGGAACCUCUGAAUGAUGAGGAACACAAUAGCUUUACUGCAUGGAGAGAAGAGUCCUUUAGAAACUCCAAGUUCUGGAACCGUUCAUUCAAUUUAAAUACAGAAGCUGUGACUGAAGCCGAGUUAGGUGUGCAGACUCAUUCAAGCAAUAGAAAUAGAGAUGGGGUUGGAAACCUGGUGUCAAGUGCAAGAAUUCCAAGAAAUUCGUUAAUUGUCAAUAAUCCUGCAGUACCACACAGGGGAUUUUUCCAGAAUUCACAAUCAUUCAGCAAUUCAACUAAAAGAAGGGUAUACGAAACUUCUGUACUAUGUGAAGCUAGAAAGAAGGCGAUAUUACACAACUUGAGAGAACGAGAGUCACGCAGAAUGAUGGAAAAUCGUUUUAAAGUAUUGAAGAACAAACUUUUUGAUGACAAACAAAUUGCUUCAAAAGGUGCCAUCCUUGAUGAGGCCAUAGAUGUAAUCAAUAACUUGGAUAGGCAGUCCAAAAAUCUAACAGUGGAGAAGGAACUACUGUUAGGAAAACAGAAAAUUCUGUUAGAAAAGAUCUCACUAUUAUCUGCAGGAAUGGAACCUGUUGUAACACAAGAUGGCAUUGAAGCGGGUGAAAUAAUUGAAACCGGUGAGACUUUGAGUUUCUCAAGUGGGAGAGUUUCCUCUUCCCAGAACUCCUUUGGAAUGAAAUGGUUUGCAGAAGGUGGUCCUGUGAAUACUUUGGAUGACCAUGGGACAAAUUGUGGAUUAAAUCUAAAAUAUGAGGUGAACUCAACUGGUUCCGAUGAUAUAGUUGCUGUCAAGAUUGGUGACUACUUCAGUGAAAAAUGUAACAGUGAACUUGGCUAUUCUGGCAGCACCAAUACCUUUGCAGUGAAAAGAGAAGAAAAUCUUAGCCAAGAAGAUUGCUCCACUGUCAGCUCAGUAAAUGAAGAAUAUUCUGGAAGUUCCAGGUUUUGUAGCCUUUCAGAUUUCAGCACUGAUAUGGAGGCUUUGAAUAAAAUGAGCAUGCAAUGCAGUGAGCCAUCUAGGGGUUGGAUAGCCAACAGGAAGGCAACAUCACACACACUGAGAGAACGAGAAUCACGCAAGUUGAUGGAAAAUCGUUUUAAAUUAUUGGAGAGCACUGUAUUCAAUGACAAAAAGGCUCCAAAGGGUGCCAUUCUCACUAAGGCCAUUGAUGUAAUCAGUGACUUGGAUAUGCAAUCAGAAGAACUGUUCAAGGAAAAGGAACUGUUAAAGAGAAAGCAAAAAAAAUUGUUAGAGGAAAUUUCACUUUUAGCAGAUACAAGAUCUGAUGCAAUUGAGGAUCAAGCAGAAGAUGGGCAUUUCUUUAGUGUUAAGAAGACCUCGGAGGCAAGAGGAUUAACAUUUCAGAAACCUUCUGAACCACAAUGGCUUGAAAGCAGCAACCCAUCUGACACUGCAGUAACGAAAGGCAACAAGGUUUCUGCUUUAUCAGAAAGCCAUGAUACAGAUUGCACGGGAGGACCUGACUGGGAGCAAGAUGAAUUAAAAGCCAACUGUCUUUUUCUGCCUAAGAUUGCAGGGGACCUCAAAGAGAAGCAUUACCAGGAACCACUGAAUCCUGAUGGUUACGAUUCCACUGCUUUAAGAAGAAAGAUUUUUAAUGGUAAAGAUGAAGAUGCUCUCUUCACUGUAGGAAGAGAGUCGUCCAUUGGGAGCUCUGACUUUGGCAGUCAUUCAGAUUUUGAUGUAAAUGCAGAUGAUGUGAAUGAAAUUGAUGUGGAAAUACUGAGUCAUUCAGACGCCGAAUAUUUUGAUGUUGAGAUGGAAGAUGGUGAAGUAGCUGAUGGAACUUCAACAGCUGAAAAGUUAUGUGCACCUCCCAGAUGGCAUUUUCACAAUUAUUCUCAAUCUCACAAAUUUUCACCCAAGAGAAAGAUUUACAAUAUGUCGGAGCUGAAGAAAAGCAGAAAGAAUCCACUGCUGCACACAUUGAGAGAGAGAGAGUGGCGCAAGCUUAUGCAGAAUCGUUUCAGUGAGUUAAGGGAGCUGCUGUUUGAGGAUGAACGGGUUUCAAAACGUGCCAUUCUUGAUGAGGCCAUCAGUGAAAUUCAAAACCUGUGUCAGCAAGGGCAUAAACUCUAUUUGGAGAAAAAGCUGCUGAUGAAAAAACACAAGGCAUUGUUAAAAAUAAUCGCUGUACUCUCUGGAGAGAAGAAAGUUAAAACUCAGAAAAGUGAUGCUGCUGUUUGUGGGAAGCAUAGUGAGAAUUACGAUCAUAACAGGACUCCUGUUUCUCCAGGGCCAUCUUUAAUAUCGGCUGCAAAGGGAAACGAUGAGGAAUCUACACUAGUGCCAAUAGCUGGAACUCCUUUUCGUCUUCUCCUCGAGAAAAUUGCAGUUUCCCCCCAUGGUGAGGAAUAUGGAGAAUGGGACACUCGUUCCCAGACAGAGGCGCAUGGCACAAAGGAACUACCACCAAGAAGUCUUGUCAUACACCAGCAAGAAGAUGCACAUUUGGCUUUCUUAGAGGGUUAUUCACAAAUGACAUCAACACAGCCAAGAGAAGAAAUGCAAAUGCAGAAACUUCCAGAAAGAUUGGAAAAAAUUUCUGAUACAGCAUCAACAGCCAUUGAUGUAGCAGCAAGAAACCUUAAGAUUGUGCCGGAUGAAAAACAGUAUGCAAAUGCAAUGGGCCUGAAUUUCAAAUCUGCAAAAGAUCUGCCAUCAAAUGGGGAUGUUAAAAAGUCAUCAGAGGGUGCUUUGUAUUGGUCAAAGUCAGUAGAUAAGGACAGUUCUGCAGAGUCGUUUGAAAAGAAUCCAAUAGAUGCAAAAUCAGCAGUAAAAGGGAAACUGCAGGUUAUCAGAUCAGCAAAAGGGCAGGACAUUCUUCAAAAACUGGCUAAGAAGGUUCAAGAGGCUGGAAUUAAACCAUGGACGUGGAAAUCAAAACGUGAAGAUUCAGAAAAUGUCUCACAAAACUUGUUUGACAGUGAAGGCAAGUUGAUGCAAUGUUUCCAAAAAGCUUCCACCUCCGUUAACGAGAGUUCUAUUGCCCAGUAUGUGUGUACAGAGACAUCUGAUCUCCUUGUGAAAGACAUAAGCUUGCAUAAUCUUUUGCCAGGCCAAACAUUAAAGCAUCCUGCAUCAUUGAACAGAGGAGGUGCUGAUCAAUUGGAGGCUGAACUAGACUUAGAUUCAGUUUCCUCAGAUGGUUCUACAACAGCAACAUGUGCUGUCAGGGAGCCAAAAAUAUUUAUAUCUUCCGUGGACAUUCAUUCUGCCAAUGAAGCAAAUGCAAAUGGGGGCUAUUUGUUACUAGAUUCCACACAGUAGAAUUUGAAAUUAGAAGUCCCUGACUGUAGUAUGAAACUGUCUACACUCUCUUCCAUUACUGUGCUCAUGAUCUUUCCAUGCCUUAAUAGAAAGACUUGUCUGAGCAAUAGAAGGCCAGAACAUUUGGGCAGGUUUUGGAAUAACUGAGCCCUAACCAAGACAAGUUUUGAAACUUAAUUGCACAGACUGUACCCUAUGAUAAUGUUGGAUUUGAUUAAUUCAAAAGUUUACACACAGCCCUGCUAAGCUGUUCAAGGAAGUCAUGCAAUGUUGCCUCCUUGGCCUAACAAGGGCCAAGUUUUCUCAUUCUCUCUUCUCAUUCUUCCCUCAUCCAGCAGAAAAUGAGAAUGGAAAGGAUUAGCUAUAUGAGCAAAUAAAAUUGCAAGUUGUAGAGUUGUUGACUUUGCAUUAACACUAUUGAGGAAGGAGGGGUUGGAAAUUGAUCCAGACUGGAAUUGCAGUGAUCAAUAUGAAGAGCACAUCCCUGAAAAUUAGAAAAUCUGUCAGAGUGUUUGUAUUUAUGAAGACAUCAACAGUAAUAAAUUCACUCCUCCGUCCGAUCCCACAGAGGUCAGUACUUGAGGCAAUCUACUUACUUUACAAAAUGUUCUUUUUGAUGUCAGUGAGAAAACCCAGAUUUUGCUUUGUUAGAAAACAAGGCGUUAGUGCUGUUUUAAGGGAACAAGUUCACUUCAUGUGCUAAGAUCUGAAUUUCUGAAGACUGGGGCCCCACUGUGGUAGACGCUGAAUUGCUUGCUCUGUACAACCUGGAGUGACAGUGGAUAAAUCCGUAAUGUUUAAAUGUGCAUAAUCUUUUAUAAAAUUGGACUUUAUACUUCACAGUAUAGGUUGGAACUUCAGUCCAAAUUUAACCAUGGUCUUACAUGGAAUGAAUACAUUUUGCAGAAAAACACACGCGCAUUUCUUUCCCAUGUAUAACGGUUAGUUUUCAAAUUUUCAACAAUUAGCAACUAUCUUUCAUUUGUGCUUUCACCUCCAGGUUUUCAGUUUAUGUUUAAAAAGUUUUGAAAUCUUACAAUAAUGUUAAAACAGAUGACAGGGAGACAGAGUCUUAAAGUUUGGCUCUCUUCUAAAACAACUGCUUGUGGAUUCUGAUGGAACAAAACUAGUUAGGGACUUCAAAUAUAUAAUUCUGCAAGAACCAUGCAAUGCACAGUUAUGUGACAAUACAGUAUUGUGGGAAUCUUGUACUGUGCUUCGAAUAGCUGUUCUUGGGGCAAUAUAUAACCGUUCAAUGUACUUGCACUUGAUUGUGAAAUUAGUCAUUUUCUUGUGAUGUUGAGUGCUUGGAUAUGAAACUAAUUUCCUCUUGGAACUGGUGACUCAUCCUGGCAAAGUCUGGAGUAGUGAAGAUCAGUUGCAGCAGUGGAUGAUGUUAAUGAAUAUUCUGAAAUAGCCAGUAAUACUCUUAUAGCAACUUCGUUGUUGUGAGUUGUAGGUAUAAAGAUCCAGUUCUCUCCAUUGUAUUGUUUUGGUGCAUAGCCCACGUAUCUUAUGUAUGUGGAGAAUUAUGUUAAUAUUCUUACAUAACAGAGUUCAGUGCAGAGACUUCAAUCUUGUAUCCAGCAUCUGUACAAACCUGUUCUAAUUAUUUGAACUGUGGCUUUGAUAUCCUUCGUGUGCCCAUUUCUGGUAGUCUCUCACCUGUCAUUCAUAUAGACUAGUCAUCUUUCUAUUUCUGUUUAUUUGUUGGAUUUCUGUUUUCACUUUGUGGGUCUGCAAUUUUGAGGGCUGCUGUUAACACUUACCUCAGAAAUGGGCAAAUCCCAUGUUAGGACACCAAGAUUGCCUAUAAAUACUCAUAUAUGCAAAUUGUUGAGAACUGAGUGUCUACAGGAUUCCUUGUUUUGUACUUUUACAGUCUAGUAAGAUGCCCUGGGCAGCUGUGGGUAUAAUGCUUUAUUAAAGCAAAUUACUGUAGAUGUCUGAAAGAAAAACAAAAUAUUGGAGAAACUCAGCAGGUCAGCAGCAUCUGUGGAGUGAGAAAUCGAGUUAAUAGUUCAAGGUCAAUAUGACUUUUCUCCUGGAGAGUCAUAGUGGACUUGAAAUGUUAAAGUUGUUUCUCCUGUCUUCUCUCUCCUAUUUUGUCUCCAUCUCUCCAUGUCUCUUCCCACCACCCACCUCACACAUACUGCCAGACCGGCUGAAUUUCUCCAGCACUCUGUUUUGAUAGUUUAUUUCUGUACUUUGCCAUUAGCUCUGCUCCUUUGUAUUUAUUACAGCAGAUUUUAGGUGCUGGGUAGCAUAAUUGGUCCAAAUGAUAAAUUAGGACAUCCCAUUUCAAAAAUACAAUUUGUUUUUGUUUGAAAUUUCCAUUUUGAGUCUUCUCACUGUGCCAUGUAUUUCACUAUAUUUCAAGGAUUAACUUUCACUAGAUACUAGUUUGUUGCAUGGGGUGCACGUUUGGCCGCAUAAUGGAUUUGACGAGUCGGUGAUUUGUUCUACCACCUCAUAAUUUAGGCUUCACUGCCAUGAGGAACCUUCCUCGGAUGCUUUUUCUCUCCUCCUUUUGUCUAGCUUUGGCUUUUUAAAAAAAAAUGUUCUGUGAAAAUGGCCUUUUGUUUGUUAGUUUAGUAUUCAUUUGUCUUUUUCGUGUUUUGUCUCAAAUCCUUUUGAAAUUACAGACCCGACUUAACAAUGGUAGAUUUAUUACAAUGGAGAAAUUUGGAAUGUGACAAAUUUGCGGAAUAUGUAAGAUUUCAAAAAAGAACUCCGAGGUCCUUGUACUGUUUCUAAGAUAUGUUAUCUCAUAGGAGUAUUGCUGCACAAUAAAAAACAAGACUGGCAGUAUUCACUUAUUUGAAUGGGAUCACUACAAUAAAGUUGUCAAAUAGAUUUGCACAACCAACCACAACACUACUUUAAGUGCUAGUCUUCAUGUUCCCUCUGGUUGUCUGUUACACUAAGGUUUAUAAUCUGGUGAGCAGUUGAGCAUUUAGAAAUUGCUUCAAUAUCAGGACUGGUAACGGUUUAUUUUAGCAAAGGAAAUAAGUCAGAAACGUCUUAUUCUUUUACUAGCGAAAUAAUGUUGACUUUUCUUCCUAUCAUCCAACAAAAAUUCUUUUCCAAGAGAUUUGAGCCAUAGGCACUUAAUGUAAUAGAAGCCAGCUUUGAUAUUUGUUUUUUUUCAUGUGUUUCAUGAACUGUGUUGUGGGAAGAAUGGCAAUUCAGAGCUGGUUUGGAGAGGUGCUACAGGGUAGCAGAUGGUUUCUGCAAUAAAUCAUUUUGUUCUUACCCAAUGUGAAAAUAAACAAUUAACUGGUUACUGUUGCCAUCCUUGCCAGAAUACAUCGCUUGAAGCAGAGUGGGCUCUCCUGAUCAAGUUGGGCUGUGGGGAGAUGGAGAUGCAUUUGUUGUAAAUAAAAUGUAGACUUCUCACCCCUCUCCCACCACCUCAAGUUGUAAAACUUAAUUAAAAAAUAAACUUUGGAAUAGUACAUCAGGAUCUAUAAAGGGAAACAACAAGUUAAUCUCUCAGUUCUAUUUCUAAUUGGUUAAUUAACAGGACUAAAAUUAAUGAGAUUCAGGCCUCCAUUCUGAAAAUAAUCUGCAUCCAAUAUAAUUGUCAUUUUUCCCUUAAAGGAACGGUGAAGCUUGAAAUAAUCGUUUCUGAUCACUCCAGUUCCAUCACUACAAGUUAAAAUUUCCUUCCUAUUUUUAACGUGUUGCUUAGGAAAAAUAUUCUGACAUCUGCAUCUCCAGAGACUGCUCGAGUGGCCCAGCCCGCCAGCAUUGUUCUGUACCUUACUUUCCCCAUUGAACUGGAUCUGCUGUGGGAAAGCAGGUUGAUCGGGAGAAGGAGCAGUUACAUUGACACUGGGUGUUGCCUUUAUGCCAUGCUUGAAUUUGAGCUGCUGCUGGUGAAAUAUAAAAUUGUUACUUAAUAUUUUGGUACUGUUCAGUAGGAAAUGCUCCCACAAGGACUGAUCCAAGUUGACCUUGUUUCUUUGAUAGGAUGUCACUGCAAUGUAGAAUACUAUUUUUACCCUUGUUUUGGAAUGCAGAUUAGAUAACAGUCUGUCCAGCAGAGUGUGUCAGUCCCCACAAAUUCUACAAAUCAAUGUUAUAAAGCUUUCAGAAGUUCUCCCUGUGCUCCCUUUGGGCCUUGGGUAUUGCCAAGUUUACAGCCCUUUACUUUUGCUUUUGAACAUUCAGGCAGUCUAGGUUUUUCUUUAUCCCACUUGCAUGUUUGGAACUGUAUCAGAAAAUGCAGAGAUUCAAACCUGGCAGCUUAGGAAAACAGGGCUACCAAGUUCACACAGCAAAGAUAAGUAUAGUGUUAUAUGUACUGUAGAAGUCUAGUCCACUUUCAGUAGAUAGUUAAAAGAAUAAUUUUGGUUCUUUAUUUUUGAAGCCUGUCCUCACAGUCAGACUUCACAUUGUUUACUCUAUGCUGGAUGAAAGAAUAAAUACAUCCAUGAUGAAAGGACUCCAUCGCCUGCACCUUUGAUUAGCCUGUAGGGAAAUGUGGGUUGGGAUACAAUUGCAAAUUGCACUCUCUCCUGUCUAAUGGUUGGCAGGGUGUUGCAGUUCCAAGUAGCUGUUUAAAGCUGAGUGGAUUCAGAUUUGUCAUCAAAGGGAAGUAAAGAAAUUAUUGCAUCAGCGUUGUUCUGUUGCUAAUAUUCAUCCCAGUCACGGGGUCAUAAAUCUAAUGUCCAAUGCAAGACUUUGAGCCCAACAUUUAGUCUAACCCUCCAAUGCAUUUUGCAGUGAGAAAUUGCAUGCUGUUCUGGAUGAUGUUCUUUCUUCAACCAGAAAUUGUUCAACAGGCUAUUAAUCUUAUUAUUUGUGGGAUCUUGUUUGUCCAAAAUGGCUGUUUUUGUUUGCCGUCAUAACAAUCACUGCAUUUCAAAAUUGAAAUUGUGAAACACCUGAAACAUUGAAGGUAUGUAUCAGGGUGCAGUAAAAAUUCAAGGUUUUUUUUGUAAUUGUAACAUAUAAGGUAUUUAUCAGUGUAACUAAUUAAUGUGUUGCAAGAAUUCUGUGAAAAGAUGUGGAUAUAAGCUAGGCUGUGUGAAGGCUCCAGAGCAUGACUGAAUCAUUUAAUGAGGAAAAGCGGAAGUUGCUUCUUUAUAGUUACUACUUAAAAGCUGUAGAAGACACAACUUCCAUUAUUUUUAAAACUCAUGGUGUGUUAAAGUGCUCGAUCGCAUAAUGGAAGUUUUUCUUUCACAUUGUUGUAGUUCUUUGUGACUAUGGAAUGAAUAUCUUGCUUUUUUUAAAUAGCAAAUAUUGAUUUGCUAAUGAAUUUAUUUGAACCUGUUUGUAAAGUAAAACCAGUGUUAUUUGUAUUUUUAAUAUUUUUCAAUGAAA